AACAACAUGGAAAGGCAUUUUGAAAGUAUUUGGGAAAUCGUGUACAUCGACAACAACGUUUUUGUGUUCCAAUUGUGAGCAACAAUGUAUUAAAACAAAAUACGGCAUUAAAAGAUGUAUGAAUAACCAAUGUUUAUUAUAUAAAAGAACAUUAAAAAGUAAUGAAAUAACUGAAGUUGUUAAUCUGGACAUUCGCUCACAAAUACAAGCAAUCAUUCGUCGACAUAAGCAUGUAUUAAGCCGUCAAGAACUAUUUCCGAAAAGUGAUGUAUGUUAUGGAGAACACUACCAAACAACAAGUGCUCAGAAAUCAAAUCCAAUUACAAUAAUUUUACAUUCAAACGGAGCACCAUUAAUUAGAACAUCCAAACAAGCGUUAUGGCCAGGUUUUGCAUCAAUUGUCGAAAUUUCACCACCAGUUCGUGAGUAUCAAAAGAAUAUUAUUGCCGUAGCGUUGUGGUCGUCAAAGAAAAACCCAAAUGUGAACAUUUUCUUAUGAGAAUAUGUUAGAGAAUUAAAAUAUUUGAUGAUUGCUGGCACAAGUAUAUUCGUCGACGAUGAAGAAUUUAAUGUUGUUUUAUCAACUCAGUAUUUUGUAUCUGAUUUACCAGCAAAAUCUUUGUUCUGCAAUACAAUCAGUUUUAACGGAUACUAUGCUUGUACGUGCUAUUGUACUAAAGGUAAAAAGUUUUAAAUAUUAACUUCAUUUUUUCUGCGUUGUUGUUUUUCUUUCCUAAACCUUAUCAUCUAAUUUUCUCACGAAUGGAAGAGAGUUCAAAUACUGCCACGCAAGAGCAUAAAAAUUUCGAUGAUUCUUAUGUAGGGGUUUCUAUAUAGAAAAAGAAUGGAAAACAAAAACUAUUGAUACAAAUCUUUUGAAAAGAAAGUGUGUCUUAAGGUAGUGAAGAAACUGAUUUCACCAUGUUUUACCCGGUUUUCUCUUCGGGAACAUAAUGCAAUCAAGGUGAAUCAUUCACCUCAGACUCUCUGCGAGGUUGAGCUUAAAAUAAGUACACAGCAAUUUUAUUUGUCAACACGCUCUCGCUUUCUAUAAUUCUUCUUAACUCGUCAUAGAAAUUAUGAUAACGGUGUUUUGAACUUUAGAAAAAGUUUGAUUGUUAUUUCUAAAACAGCUUCAGUCUUAGACUUCUCUAAGUUCUCUCAUGUAUUUCUCAAUUAUGGUUCGACAUAUAACUGGUAAAAUAAAAGUGAGAACGGUUGCCGUUUUAUGGUUCGCUUGUGAAUAUUACAGAUAAGGUAACGUUUGCCGUAUGUGAAGAAAACAUUCACGCUUCGACUGUCAGAGAAUGUAUACCCGAAGAUAUUAUCGCUAGGAUCAGUUCGUUAUUAGAGCCAAUCUAAUAUUCUGUGAAUGAGGCGGAAUGGCUGAGCCCCAAUCCUCUGUGCGUCAAGCAGAACCGA